AUGGCAGUGCAGCGCCCUACGCCAGUGGUCGUAGACCGAAAACGAAACGAUCAUGCCCCGAAUGCUCCAACCGCGGGACACGGACAGGAGAUUGACGACGGCUAUCGAGCUAGUGAUGAAUCGGGACCUGGGGAGAAUGGUGUGCAACCAAACGGUGGUCCACGAACUAAAGCUCCCGUCAGUUCAUCACGUCCUCGUCUUCACAUCCAUGCACAUGUGCCGAUUGUUGCCGUAUUUGACGGGAUCAAGUUGAUCGUUCGCCAGAAGCGUGCUUAUCCUGUCAGUGGCGAUUAUGAACGGGGCGGAUCCCGUCCCACAAGAGGUCGUCGUACGGAAAGACAUCGAGGUGCAAUAUCGACAUCCGGAACGUAUUCUUGA